AUGACGUCAUUGUCAACUAGCUCAUCAAGGUCAGAAUCUCAUCAACAUCAUAAAUCAUUAAAACCACAGAAUUUACAAAAUCCUAUAAGAUUGGCAUUUCUUGGUGGAUCCAAAUCUGGAAAAACAACAAUUAUAUCAAAAUUAACAUUGGGAUCAUAUAGAGAAACUUAUUAUCCUACAAAUCAAAUCACUCCAAUAUUAUUUAAUUAUGUACCUGAAUCUAUACAAGCUAAGGAAAUUUUAAUUAAUUCAAAUUUAGAAGUUGGUCAUAAUAUUAAUUUAUCUCAUAUACUCAAAAAUAAAAAAAAUGUUGGUUCAUUUGUUAAAAACAAUCAAUACUAUCAUAUAAAUGAAUCAAAAGAUGAAAUUACACCAAUCCUUGUUGAAUUAAUAGAUACUCCAAGUUUUAAUCCUCAAAAAGUUGUUCCUUACCUAGAAGAAUCACUAUAUACAAACUUAGAUAAAGAAAUAUUACAUAAUUUAGCAAAUGAACCAAGAAGACCAGUAUCUACAAAUCCAUUAUUAGUAGCAAGUGGAGCAAGUGAAUUAAAUGGAAAUGUUAAUGGAUAUUUUUUUGUUUAUAGUGCUAUACCAAGUUAUAAUCCACCAAGUUAUGAAACUCAAGCAAAUGAAUUACCAAAUAAUCAUACUUUUAAAUUAUUACCAACUAUAAAAGAUGCAUUAAAUGAUGCAUGGGAAGAAUAUAAUACUUUUAAAAGAGAUUGGGCAAAAGGUGAAGAAUCAGAUAUUUUUUCAUUUAAAUUUGCAUUUAAAAAUAUUUUAAAUAGUGGGAAAUCAAAAAGUACCGAAUUAAUAGAUCAAUUAUAUGAAAAUAGUUCAAAUUCUCCUCCAAUUUGGAUUAUAUGUACUCAAUCUAAAAAUGAAUUAGCUUCUUCUCAAUUAAUUGAAGAUGGUAAAAAAUUAAGUAAUCAAUGGAAAUGUGGAUUUGUUGCAAUUGAUAAUGUUCAUGAUGAUGUUGAUAUUAUACUAAGUUUAAUGAUUAGAGAUAUUUUACAAAAGCAAAAAUUAAAAUAA